GCGCGUGUAUUUGUCCCCAUCCAGCGGCGCUUGCAUGAAGUCGCUUAGCCUGUGCUUGUCGUGGAGUUGGGCUCCACCAAGUUUUCACGCGUGCGUUUUGGCCAGUGGGAUCCUACGAGAUGGCAACUCGUUGGGGCAUCUGCAGCGCUGGAAAGAUCAGUCAUGACUUCACGGUGGCACUGAGGACCUUGCCUGCCGGUGAACAUCAGGUGGUUGCUGUAGCUGCUCGAGACCUGAUCCACGCUCAGGCAUUUGCAGCAAAACAUGGCAUCCCACGAGCCUACGGAAGUUAUGAAGAGCUAGCCCAAGAUACUGAGAUAGAUGUAGUCUAUGUGGGCACUAUCCACCCUCAUCACCUGGGUGUGGGCAGGAUCUUCAUGAACGCCCAUAAGAAUGUGCUGAUUGAGAAGCCCCUCGGUAUGAAUGCAGGAGAGGUGUCAGAGCUUAUUUCCACCGCCAAGAAAAACAAAGUCUUCAUGAUGGAAGCCCUGUGGACACGGUUCUUUCCUGUGUCGGUGGAGAUCCGGCAGCGUCUGGCCCGGGGGGAGGUGGGGGAGGUGCAGCUAGUGCGAGCUGACCUGGGUGCCCCCCUCACACACAUCCCUCGCCUGGCAGAGAGAGAACUGGGUGGAGGGGCCGUUCUGGAUUUGGGAGUCUACUGUCUGCAGUUCGUCUUCAUGGUGUUCAACGGGGAGAAGCCAGAGUCUGUCUAUGCCACUGGAUCCUGUCUGGAUACAGGAGUUGAUGGAACCUUGGUGAUUGUUCUGAAGUUUUCUGGAAAGAGGAUGGCUGUGUGUACUUGCUCUAUCACCAUGAUGCUGACCAAUGAUGCUGUUAUAGUCGGCUCUAAGGGUACCAUCAAAGUACCGGACCACAUGUGGUGCCCCACUGCACUGGAAGUUAACGGGGUAAUAAGCAAGCAUCCCCUCCCGGAACCCUCAAUGCCUCUUAACUUCAUCAACAGCACAGGCCUACGCUACGAGGCCCAAGAAGUACGCCAGUGUCUGCUCCAAGGCUUUAAAGAGUGCCCUGUGAUGUCGUGGUCAGACUCCAGCCUCCUGGCAGAGGUGAUGGAUGAGGCCAGAAGAGCAGUGACAUGACUGACAGGUGGAACGAAGGCCAACGAGCACUAGACACCCUCACCCCAUCCACUGUUCAAUUAAAAUCAUUUUUGCUCCAUUUUACCUCUGUUCAUAGAGCAUUGUAGUCUUAUUGGUGAAAUGUAUCAUGUUUGAUGUUGAUGGUAAAAUGGUUAUUGAUCUUAA